GAGGCGGAAACGAUGAGCUAACGUAGCAGAGUGGCUAACAGCCAGCAGACUUAUCUGUGCUGGAGACACGGAAGGGUUUGUUUAUUUUUCGCAUUUAUUUUUGCACUGAGAGGGAAAUUUUCGUUUGACAGGAUAUUUAUGUCAUUUUGUGGAACCCAGAACGGCGGCCGCCGCAGCAAAUGGGACCAGCCCGGCCCCGGCUCUGGUGCUGGUGGGAUGGGGGAGGCUGAAGCUGCCCCCACCGGGGCUCUGGAUGCUGCAGCUGCUGUGGCCGCUAAGAUUAAUGCCAUGUUGGUAGCCAAGGGUAAACUCAAACCCUCGCAGAUUGGUGUCCCGGGGCCACCUGAUAAGGCUAUAAAUGUCGGGAAGCCUCCGGUGCCAACAAAGGCUAAAGAUGACCUGGUCGUAGCUGAGGUCGAGAUCAAUGACGUCCCAAUCACCUGUCGGAACCUCCUGACACGCGGCCAAACACAAGACGAGAUCAGUAAGGUGAGCGGUGCUGCUGUUUCAACCAGAGGCCGUUACAUGACGGGAGAGGAGAAGGGAAAAGCUCUACCAGGGGAUCGACCGCUGUAUCUGCACGUACAAGGACAGACUAGAGAGCUCGUUGACAGGGCAGUUAAUAGAAUCAAGGAGAUCAUAACCAAUGGUGUGGUGAAGGCUGCAACUGCCUCAUCAUCUUCAUCCUUUUCCCCCAGUGGGGCUUCAGUCACAAUUUACCAGCAGCACAACCCACCUCCUCCCUCACUGCCCCCCAUGACCCACCACAAACCACACUUUCAGUCUGGGAUGCAUUAUGUCCAAGAUAAAGUCUUUGUGGGCCUUGAGCACGCUAUCCCAGGGUUUGUAGUCAAAGAGAGGGUCGAGGGCCCUGGCUGUUCGUACCUGCAGCACAUCCAGGCUGAGACUGGGGCCAAAGUCUUCCUUAGAGGAAAAGGAUCAGGCUGUUUAGAGCCUGCCUCUGGGCGAGAGGCCUUUGAACCCAUGUACAUCUACAUCAGUCAUCCUAAACCAGAGGGGCUUGCAGCAGCAAAAACCUUGUGUGAGAACUUGCUUCAGACAGUGCAUGCAGAGUAUUCUCGCUUCCUCAAUCAAAUGAGCACAAUGAUGCCAACACAGCAAGGCUUUGCACAGCCCCCAGUAGUGAAUGGGAUGCCUCCACAGCCUCCUUACUACCCCCCUGCUGGAUUCCAGCCAGGCUACCCCAUGCCUGUACCACCACCUCAGCCACAACCUGUCCUUCCACCGUACGCUGUCCCCCCUCCUAUACCUCCCACAGCACCUGCGGGUGUGCCUCCACAGUACACACUUCCCCCUGCCCACGCCCCUGCUCCCGUUCCCGUUCCAGCUCCAGCUCUUGCCCCUGCCCCUGCACCUGCUUCUGCCUCUGCUCCAGGCACCAUGCCACAGACUCUUCCUCCUGUACCUUUUCCUCCAUCAGCUGCAGCGCCACCGAAAGCUCCACCUCCUGCUGCCCCCACCAACCCACCACAGAAAAGACGCUUCACAGAGGAGGUCCCAGAUGAGAGGAACAGCGGCCUACUCGGAUACCAGCAUGGACCCAUUCAUAUGACUAAUUUAGGUGCAGGCUUCCCAGUGGGCAGCUCGGAGACAACAGGACCCCCACCGCCAAGUUCCUCUGGCCCACCCAGUGAGAGGGACAGUAGGCAGCUAAUGCCUCCACCUCCGUUGCCUGUGAAUGGAGUGAGACCCAAGAUGGAGGAGAGAAGGGCACUGCAAGGCCCCGUGGAGCCCACAGUGAAGAGACCGAAAACUGGUUUGGUAGCAUACACCGGUGACUCCUCUGAUGAAGAGGAAGACCACUCAACCUCCAAAGCCUCAGGGCCAGGUAACCCUGGGGCAGUUCCCCCUACCUCCACCUCCUCAGGCUGGACACAGGGCUAUCGCUGCCCUCCUCCACCACCCCCUCGUGCUAAAACACAGCCACAGACGCAGUCUAUGCCUUUCUGGAUGGCACCGUAAAACAGGAACUCCCUCAGUGCUUUGUGCCGAGUCUUACAGGAUGUUCACCCAAACUGAGCCUGUCUUUUUCCAUCACUCAUCACCUGUUCAUCACAUGGAUGACUCUUAACAGCUACAUGUUGGUUGCAGUAUUAUUUUAGUACUUGAGUCCAAAGGGACAUACUAAUGUUUUGGAAAACUCCUGUUUGUUUGUUUGUUUGUUUUUUUGGUGCACACAUAGUUUGAAAAUGAACAUUUGCAGGACUGAUAUUCCAAACUAUUUUGUGGAUGUAUAGAUGGUCAGAUGAGCGAUAUUCUGCCUACAGUUUUAUUUGGAAUGGAUUAAAAACACAUGCCAGGUGAAGUGUUUGAAUAUAGUGUCUUUGUAAAAACAGUACCACGAGGCAAUGAUGUUGUACAUCACUGACUACUCAUUUUAUCCCCAUCUCUUAAGUACAGAUUUUCCUACUUUGUCACUCCCUUAACGUUCCCUUUUCCCUGUCCAAGUCAGUGACACCAUCCUUUUCUAUUCUGGUCUUUUUGUACAGAUCAUAUUGGACUAAUAUGUAGUAAAACUAUUGAAUUUAUUUCAUGCUUUUAUGAAAUAAAUAAACUUAAUUUA